GCCGUUUGUAAGGAGGAAUGGCGACGGUCUAAGAGGAGGACGAGGCAGCUUUUUAAAGCGGAACCCGAGCGCACACAGGCUGGAGUCGCGCUACUAUAAGGCAGGAUAACCUUAACCUCAAUGGACGGUGGUCUGGUGGAAUCGGGCCUGUCGGUGACCCAGCAGGCAGUGGCCCCACAGCCUCAGCCCCCAGCCUCUCCAAGCCUGCACAACCGGCCACGGGACCGGAGGAAGAUGCCGGCCUUCUUGUCGAACCUGGGCAAACCCACGCUUCGUGGGAUACGUCGGUGCCCGCAGUGCGGCAUAUACAAUGGCACACGCGGCUUGAGCUGCAAGAACAAAGCGUGCGGCGCCGUGUUCCGUGAUGGUGCUGCAGCUGGUGCCAGGGCUGGGGCUAAGAAGGGCUGCACCGAGGUGGUGCGUCUGGUGAUAGACGGAGGAGGUGGAGGGGGUGAGGGUAGGGCAGAGGGCACUCAGGUAUUUUCUGUGCGACAGCGCGGAAGAGGUGCAGAGCUGCGCGGCUUUGUGGAGCUCACGCUAACAGACACAGCCAUCACCACACCGGACGGCACCGUGCUGACACGCGUUAGUCUCGGCCGCUGCUUCAUGGCGGCAUGCCGCCAGGGACAGGGUCAGGCGCAGAGGGGUAGCGAGAGGCAGCCUGGCACGCGAACUGGCCCGACGGUGCAGUCGCUUCAGCCGGAGAGCCCCUGUGUGCACGUAAAGCAGGCAAUGGAGUGUCAGACAGAAGCCAGUCCCCUCGCACUCAAAAGCUCUGUGCUGGACUCCCUGCAGGCCCCCAGCCAGGUGAAGGAGGAGCUGUGGCGGCUAGCCACUGAGUCAGCGGGCCCUCUCGUCCAGAGGGUGUCACGCAGCACUCUGGUGGUGAAGUGCCACGCCAGUGAGAGCCACCCGCUCGGGCUGCUGCACCUGACGGUGGCUUUGGCUCCAGGUGGGGUCAGGGGUGAGGUUCGAGCCAGGGAGGGGCAGCACACCCAGUUCCACUGCGCCUGCCAGGGCACAGACACCAAGAGAGGGUCAGGGGUCAGGGCAGGUGAGGCUCAGCUCUCAGACAUCAGGGAUCAUAGUGAGGACACGGGUGCUCCUGCAUCUCUUCCCCUCGGCACCUCUGGCUCCUCCUCGUCCUCCUCAUCACAAGAGGUGUGCCUCCACUACUACGCCUGCGUGUGUGCGCUCACAAGUGAUGCAAAACUGGCUGCUGAGUUUGCUCACUUCCUCAGCUACGCGCCUGACGGUGUGCGUGUUAGCGCCAGCUGCUCUGUCCUUGCGGCUCCGGAUCGUCAGCACCUGGCAGAAUCUGGGACUCCUCACAGGACCAAAAAGUCUAAAGUGGAGGACCUUCUCGCUGGAAUACCUUUCUGGGUUUUGUCUUUGUGUCCAACGUGCCCUUCCCGCAUCCCAGCGUCUGCCUCUGCCCAAGGUGUCCGAGAGAGCCUGCUGGCACCUGCCCCACGUAAACCUAGCCAGAGAAAGCAGCCCAUCUCUGCUGCUGUGAAGGACGCAGGAAGCAGCCAGCCUGUAGAUGAGAGCCAUGUAUCCUUAUCCUUUCAGCAGUGGCUUGCCAGUGUGACAGAGCGUAUCCACCAGACCAUGCACUUCCAGUUUGACGGCAAGCCGGAGCCACUGGUCUUCCACAUUCCCCAAGCCUUCUUCAACGCUCUGCAGCAGCGCCUCUCCCUGGGAUCCAAGAAGAGGAGACUCCCCAACUUCACCACAGCCUUUGUGAGGAAUGACGCUCUGCCCUUGGGAACCUUCUCCAAGUACACCUGGCACAUCACCAACCUGCUGCAAGUCAAACGGAUAUUUGACACACCUGAGCUCCCCCUGGAGCUCACGCAGAGUUUUGUGAAGAAUGGCGACGGCUCCUUUUCUCCAUCCCGAUGUUCAGAGGUUCCACCUGCAGCAGAGGGGCAUGCAGGAACUGAGAGGCCUCAGGCCAUCCGCCCACUAGAGCUGCGUACGUUCCUGAAAGUGGGGACGUCAUCAUCGGAACACAAAGGCCCCAUUCCAUUUAUUAUCGAGUGGAUCCCUGACAUCUUGCCGAGGUCCAGAGUAGGCGAGCUGCGAAUCCGCUUUGAAUACGGGCACCAGCAGAGCGGACCAGCAGAACACGGAGAUGCAAUGGCUGCCAGACAGGUCGGGGUUUCUGGAGGGGUCGGUGGCGGCAGCAUGGUGGCCACCUCUGACGUGGGCCAGUCACUGCCAGCUUCCACUAUUGAGAUCUUUCGUGUCACUGUCCCGUGAAGGCUUCCUGAGAAACUGAUGGGGCGAUAUACUUUUGCGAUUUUUAAGAAUCUAGAAUGUGAUUCGCUGUCUGUGGAGGAUUUAAAAAACCGAAUAAGCGACUAUGGGAAUUUUUCUUUGAAUGGGGAGGGGCAAACAGUGAUGGACAACUGAAAGUGCAGACUGCAGCACCUCUUCCAAAAUCCUGCCUGGGAUGACAGCUGCUGAUGUGGUAACAGAGCACACUGUAGGCUGUUCUUCAUAUGAGAAAUCCAGCAACAUUUGUGUUUGUGCUUUUAAUAUUGCUAUGUUUAACUAGUCUGCUUUGGCGACUUUUAAAAUUACGGCCUUUAAGUGGAAGCUCUGCUGAGUGAUGACAUGAGUGUGGUGUGUCUGAUGGGACAUAAUGGGAAUGCGUCCUCUUGUUCUUGUUACACCUAGACAAUUUGUGUGCACCAUGAAAGGCUGUGGUCUCAUCACCAAGAAUAUAGCCAUUCCAGUUAUUAUAACCAAAGAAUAAAGUUACUGUUUUCUGCCAAAUACC